AUGGCAGGCGGCGCUGAAACGCUCGACUUCCUCUCGGGGAAACACGCCCACGCAGAUGGAAAAACAAAGUACAUUGUCGUCACCGGAGGCACGAUGAGCGGCCUGGGAAAAGGCACUACCAUCAGCAGCCUAGGCGUGACUUUGAAGGCUCUGGGCGUGCACGUGACGGCGAUUAAAAUCGAUCCGUACCUGAAUGUGGACGCUGGGACAAUGUCCCCUUACGAGCACGGCGAAGUGUACGUGCUGGAGGACGGCGGAGAAGUCGAUCUCGACCUCGGAAACUACGAGCGUUUCCUCGAUGUGACGCUCACGCGGGACCACAACUUGACGUCGGGCAAGGUGUAUCAGAAGGUGAUUCAGGAGGAGCGCAAAGGCGCCUACCUCGGAAAGACUGUUCAGGUUGUCCCACAAGUGACGGACGCCAUCCAGGCGUGGAUUGCGCGCGUUGCAGAGCAGCCCGUUGACGGCCACUACGAGGCGCCACAGAUUUGCUUGAUCGAAGUCGGCGGCACGGUGGGCGACAUCGAGAGCGCCGUCUACUUGGAGGCGCUGCAGCAGUUCUCCCGCCGCGUGGGGCGCGAAAACUUUUGUCUCUGCCACGUCUCCUACGUCCCGUGCAUUGGCGGCGAACAGAAGACCAAACCGACUCAACACGGCGUCAAGGAGCUGCGAAUGGCUGGUCUCGCCCCCGACAUGAUUUUCUGCCGGUGCGAGACGAUGUUGUCGGAAGCGACCCGCAGCAAGAUCGCGCUCUUCACUCAAGUCCUCCCGGAGCAUGUCAUCAGCGUUCACGACGUGGCCAACACGUACCGCGUUCCACUGGUUCUGGACAGCCAGAAUGUCGCCCAGGCCAUCUGCAAGCGGCUGAAGCUGGACCCGACUGCGCCGGCGUCUCCGGUCGCGGCGCGUCCGGGUGCGCCUCUGUACAAGACGCCGAUUUCGAUGAAGAAGUGGCGGCUGAUGGCGGACCGUUUGACCUCCCCCACGGAGUCGGUUAAAAUCGGAAUUGUCGGAAAGUACACAGGCUUGGCGGAUUCGUACCUUUCCGUGGUGAAGGCGCUGCAGCACGGCGCGAUGGAGGCGAACGUUCGCCUCGAGUUGGUGUGGAUCGAGUCUUCCGACCUCGAGGCGCCGGAAGACGCUUCGCCGAAUGGGGCGACGGGAGCGGGGAACUCCGCUGCGCGCUACGAGGCCGCAUGGGCGGCGCUGAAGUCCGUCUCGGGCGUGGUGUGUCCCGGCGGGUUCGGCGACCGCGGCAUUCUCGGCAAGGCCCUGUCGGCGCGUUACUGCCGGGAGAGCGGCGUGCCGUAUUUGGGGAUUUGCCUCGGCAUGCAGACGGCCGUGAUUGAUUUUGCGCGGAGCGUCUUGAAGCUGGCCGACGCGAACUCGGAAGAAUUCGACAAGGCCUGCAAACACCACGUGGUUGUGUCGAUGCCCGAACACAGCACGGAGCACGGGCACGAGGUCGGCGGCACGAUGCGCCUCGGCAAGCGCGCGACGAUUCUCCGCGACUCCGGCUCCCUCGCGGCGCGGCUCUACGACGGCAGAGCCGUGAUCGACGAGCGCCACCGUCACCGGUACGAAGUGAACCCGAGCGUGGUGGGGUCCAUGGAAGCGAAGGGGUUCAUGUUUGUCGGCCAGGACGAGCGCGGCCAGCGCAUGGAAGUCGCCGAACUCCGAGACCACACCUUCUUCUUCUGUGUCCAGUAUCACCCCGAGUUCCAGUCGCGGCCGCUGAAGCCUUCGCCGCCGUUCCUCGGUCUCGUCCUCGCCGCCGCCGGAAAACUCCAGGCUCGAUUCGACAAGUACGGCGGAUUCCUGCGCAGCGGCGCAGUCUACGAGGAAGUCGACCGCGCGUGA